AUGGAUAAACAGAUCAAAAGGGACUCGACGAAAUCAAGAGAAAGACAGGAUGGUGGGGCAUUUUCUUCUACUGAUAUUUUUUCUGGCGAUACGUCUGAAGCGAAUACUUUAAUUAAAUACGAAAUUGAUGAAACUCUGGAAAUCAAGGAAGAGAUCGUCCAAGAUUUGAAAACAAUUACAGGCAAGAAACAUGAUAAAACAUAUGACUCAACAUUUUGUACCGCUUAUGUGAAAGAAGAUGAGAUUUUGGCUGUCAAGCGGAAAGCGCCGAACCUAAGGAAGAAGGAAUUUCAGAAGACAAAACAGGAAAUGAAGUAUACAUGCGAAAAAUGCGGGCGAAGAUAUUCCGAGAUUAAAGUUUUGAAAAGUCAUCAAAAAUUCGAAUGCGAAUUUGUGCCAGAGUUCAGUCGUAAAUCUUGUACCCAAGCAUUUCAACGAAAGUUUGACAGGGAUGGCCAUAUACAUAGCGUGCAUCACAAGACAGACAUAAAAAAGGCAGCAUUAGUACAUAAUUGCGACAAAUGUUCUCGUAGUUACAAAUCUGCGAGAACUUUAGCUCGGCAUAAACAUGCAAUACAUGCAGUAAUCAUUCCACAAUUUAUUUGCGAUUUUUGCGGAUAUAAAGUCAAUGCAAUAGAUAAUUUGGAAAAGCACAUGACUUUACGCCAUUUACAGACAUCAGAAUCCAGGUAUAAAUGCGAUAAAUGUGCGCGAAGUUACGCUUGGCCAACUCAUUUAUCUCGACACAAACGUUUAGUACAUACAGCAGUCAAACCACAAUUUAUUUGCGAUUUUUGCGGAUACAAAUCGAUUAGAAAAUGUGCCUUGGUCACACACAUGAUUUCACGCCAUUCAAAUACUUCAAAUUUCAAGCAUAAUGCGACCGAUGUUGGAGAAGUUAUCGCUCGUUAAUUGGUUUAAACCGACAUAAAGGUUUAAAACAUACGACCGUUAAACCAGAAUUUGCGUGCAAUGUUUGCACUUAUAAAUCAAAUAAUAAUUGUAACUUGCUGGCACACAUUACUUUACGCCACUCACGGACAUCAAAAUCCUCGUAGAUGCGACAAAGUCUCGUGAAGUUACCUCUCAUGAAGCGGUUUUAUGUUAAAAAACAUGGUUAGAACACACAACAGUCGAGGUGCUACUUACUAAGAAAUCUGGAAAUCUUAAAAUUAUGAAUUCGGUAGAAUCAAUCGAAUUCGCAUCGAAAGUGCAAAGAUUUCUUUGAGGUUAUCGGGAGUGCCAAGAUUUCCAAAUCUUCUCGAUAGCGAGACUCUCCAGGAGAAAUUGGACUCAGCUAAGCUCGGCGGCGUUCGGAUGGAGUCGGCUGUUUAUUCGUUUUGCCGAGUCAGUGUGUGCAUCACGAACGAGUAAAUGCUCCGUGUUCUACAUGAUCCACGCUUUACGAAAGAUUUAUAAGAUUUCCAAUAAAUCUUCAAAGUGUUAUCCUAAGAAUUCCAGUGCGGCAAUAUGAAAUUUUUCAGUGACGAGGCCCUCGGCAGCAUUCGAGUCUCAAUUUAUGCACGCGAAACUUUAUUUCUUAGUAAAUUUUUGAUGCUAGUUGAGAAAAUUCUUUUAUUUACCAAAUUAAAUGCUUAUAUAGCGA